UUACUAGUGCGAAGUGUAUCCUACACUAGACGAGACCACCGCUCCUCGCAGCAGAGGGGGGAGGGGAAAGAAAAGAGGGGCACAAACCCAUAGGACUGGGGAGAGAUGCCGGAGCUUCCGGAGGUGGAGGCGGCGCGACGGGCGCUCGAGGAGCACUGCGUCGGGAAGAGGAUCGCGCGGUGCGCCGCCGCGGACGACACCAAGGUCAUCGACGGCGUCGCCCCGGUGCGGCUUGAGGCGGCGCUGGUCGGGAAAACCAUCGCCGCCGCGCAACGCAAGGGCAAGAACCUGUGGCUCGCGCUCGACUCCCCGCCCUAUCCCACCUUCCAGUUCGGGAUGGCUGGAGCUAUUUACAUCAAAGGUGUGGAGCUAGGCAAAUAUAAAAGGUCUGCAGUGAGCCCUACUGAAGAGUGGCCGUCGAAGUACUCCAAGCUGUUUGUUGAAAUGGAUGAUGGCUUGGAGUUUUCCUUCACUGAUAAGAGGCGUUUUGCAAAAAUACGAUUGCUCGACAAUCCAGAAGCUGUCCCUCCAAUUUCUGAACUUGGACCGGAUGCCUUAUUUGAACCUAUGAAGCUUGAUGAUUUUAUACAAUCAUUAAGUAGAAAGAAUAUGCCUAUAAAAACCCUUUUACUUGAUCAGAGCUUUAUAUCAGGAAUUGGCAACUGGAUGGCAGAUGAAGUGCUUUAUCAGGCUAGGAUUCAUCCAAUGCAAACUGCAUCGAAGAUGUCCAAGGACAAGUGUGAGACACUCCAUCAGUGCAUUAAAGAGGUAAUUCAGAGCUCCUUAGAAGUUGGUGCUGAUAGCAGUCAGUUUCCAGAAAACUGGAUAUUUCAUUCCAGGGAGAAGAAACCUGGCAAGGCCUUUGUAGAUGGCAAGAAAAUUGACUUCAUUACAGUAGGUGGUAGGACUUCAGCAUAUGUGCCAGAGUUGCAGAAGCUGGAUGGUGUUGAUGCAACAGCAAGCAGAUCUAAAAGAAGGAAAGAUAAGGAGAGUGAUGAUGAUACUAAGUCAAAAAAUGGUCGAAGUGCUCCAAAAAAAGGUGAAAGGGGAGCAAAGAAAGUGAUUGUUGCAGCAGAGGGCUCAUCAAACAAAGUUGUUAAUGCCCAUGACGAUGGCCGUGAAGAGGAUUAUGAAGAGGAAGAGACAAAAACAACAAAGAGGGGAAGGAAGAAAAAAGAAAAAAAGGCAAAGGUUUCAUCGAAGAAAGCAAGCCAUGCUUCGGAGGAUAGUGAUGAAGAAGCUGACAAUAAGGUACAGGCAAAACAAGGGAAGAAGGGGUUGAAGCAGCCAUCUACAGAUUACGAAGACCCUGCGAAGCAAAGUUCAAGAUGCUGGCCCAGCAAAGAGGCCAGAGAGGAAAGCACAGCAGACUUGAGCCUGUAAGGGGGUAAAAAACAUGACUUUUGCAGUUAGAUGUUGAACUGAGUUUAGUUUUAGUUAACUUUGCGUUGCAUGUGAUAGGCAGUUCUCUUUUGCACCGGUGUAUGAUAUUGCAGCAGCUAUUGCCGGCGUGCACUGCAGAAUAUGGGCGAACUGUAUCUGAUCACGGUAUUUUGUUGCUUAAGGCCAGAUUGGAAGUCACGUUAUGUAUGUGCAUGCCAUCGCCUCAUUAGCCGUCACGUUUGUGGGCUCGAAGAUGUUUGUUUCUUUAUUCUGUAUUUGUAUUACCUCUUAUUUA